GUCUUGGAAAGGUGAUUAGUGUUUUAGGGAUUUAGAAGUCUCAACUUGGGGGUAAAUGGCGAGAGCAAUCUCACCAUGCAUCUUCUGUCAAAUCGCUCGAAGUUCCAACUCCACUCCCCUCCCCUCCUUCAUUCCGAUGACAAGGUCGUUGCAUUUCAAGAUAUCAAGCCUGCUGCUUUCAGGCAUUACUUGGUGAUACCAGUGGAGCACAUUCCAACUGUCAACGAUCUUCAAAGAGGAAAUGAACAUUACACAUUGGUAAGUCAUAUGUUAAAUGUGGGGGAAACACUGUUACACAGAGAUGCACCUCAGCCAAAUGAAUACAGAUUUGGUUUCCAUCAGCCUCCGUUGAACAGUGUCGACCAUCUCCACCUCCACUGUUUCGCUCUUCCUUUCAUACCUAGAUGGAAACAAUUAAAAUAUUUAUCUUUGGGGCCACUUGGGUUUAUAGAGGCUGAGAAGUUGUUGGAGAGGAUAAAACCUUAGUCACCGAUCCUUCCAUAGGUGCAAUUGAAUCACAGAUGGAUUUCUCUCCCAGAUUGAAUCGCAGGAUAGAAAUUUUCAAGUUUUGCUUUCUGGGUUCUUGAUUUUAUCUCUACUAUGUGUUUUUUUUUUCUUCCUGGUAAUUUUUGUGGAUUUAAAAUUUUCAAGGCUGGGUAAAUUAUUGAAGCCACGUACAUGUCUGUAAUAGUUUUAGAUUAGUAAGAUUAGCUAAUUUGAAGU